CAUCAAUCGAUCGGGGCUGGCUUUUUUGUGCGGUGUCUAUCUCCCUGGGCAACGGAGAUGCCAACAUGGCGGAUGUAUACUAAUGGAAAUAUUCUCGAUCAAGAGGAGGGUUGAAUUCAUUUCAGGAUAACAGGUACAAAAGUAGAAUUGUUCUUUGAUUGAUGAGAAUUCCAAAAUGUAUGACCGAGCACCAAGAGACAUAAGUUUUAAAAUUGGAUGCACACCAGAAGUUGUUGGUCCUGGAAGUUAUGAUUCAGAACUUAUUAAUAAGUCCAGACUUCGAGCAGAUGGCUAUGCUCCGUUUUUGUCUAUGUCCAGUAGAGAGACUUUCCUUAAAGUUAGUGACCAAGUAGUGGCCGCACCAGGACCUGGCCAUUAUGAUGUUCAUUUGCUUCGGGAUGGAGUCAAGGGCGGAUCUACUCUGUCUAACAAGGCCAAACGAUUUGUGGAGAUCCCUGAGGACACUCCUGGUCCCGGGGCUUAUUCCUCUCAUGCUUACAAAGAGUUUGGGCGCAAGUCAAAAUCUGCCCCUGGCACAGGAAGUGAAGAUAAAGGAAUGUUAAUGUCCUCACGUAUCAAAUUCUACCGCAAGCCCGAGGCACCUUCCAUCCCAUCCCAGGGCCAGGCGUAUGGAUAUGAAGAAUGUGAUGACGGGAGUUUGAAAAAACAAGACCCACCAACAAAGGAUAACUCUUUAGGCCCAGCAUAUUACACACCCAUGCUACCGGACUCGAACCCUACCAAAGUCUACAAAGGCAUUCAUUUCGGGAAACUUUCCUCCAAGAGGAUGGAGUUUUUCGGCAAAUCCGGCCCGGGGCCGGGCGACUAUGAGCCCUACCCCGAGAAGUCGUGUCUGGCCGAGAACACCAACAUAAACGCGGAGGAAAGUCUCAGGUACGAGACCAGGCUGCCCCGGUACCAUGAGCAGGUGCAGAAAGAAGCGGAGAAAAAG